CAGGUGAAGUGCUGCUAAUUGAAGUUUAAUCGUCUAAUUUCAUUUAUUAUAAGUUAUUGGGGCCACAGUCAGUGGUUUGUGUCACUACAGAGAAAAAGGUAGAUGCAUUUAUCUGCUUUAUGUGUGAUAAUCAGGAUUCAGGUUCAACUGGGUAAAUAUUAACUAAAGCGCUUAAAAAUGCGGCUAAAUAGCUGAUGUUGAUAUGAUUAUAAUUUGACGAGUAAAAAUAGAACAUGACCGAUUUUUUUUAUUCUGUCUGUCAAAAUGACGAACAGUUUGUUUCCAAUCACAUUUCUGUUAUUAUUACAGUAGUUAUUAUUACAUGUUAGAUAUUUAUUAUUACACGUUAGAUAUUAUUAUUACACGGUAGUUAUUUAUUAUUCCACGUUAGAUAUUUAUUAUUACACGUUAGAUAUUAUUAUUACACGGUAGUUAUUUAUUAUUACAUGUUGACAUGUACAACUGUUGUUGUUCUGAUUGUUUUCUGUCUUGUUGCAGUUACCAGUCGGGGUCGGUGAGGCACGUUCCCUCGUUGGACUCCAUCAGCUGCGCUGUGGAUGGCGUUCACCUGCAGGAAGCAGUGGUUACCACCCAGCCACCUGCAGGGACCUCAGAAAACGGCCUGCUGCCCCCACCCCACGGCGCCUACAUCCAUCAGCACGGCGAGCGAGCCAGAGCCAUGUCAGCGUCUGGGAAGUCGUGCUCGGCGCGGGAUCAGCUGGCUUUGACGUUGGGUGCGUUGAAUUCGGACGCUCCGAGGAGCAGCAGGGACUCUCUGCACUGUUCAAGCGGCUACAGCACCCAGACCACCACGCCGUCCUGCUCCGAGGACACCAUCCACACGCACACCGACUACGAGUCGAUCUCUCUCCACGGAGACGCUGACUCCGCCCCCUUCCACCAGCUGUACGGCAGCCGCUCCGACCUGGACAAGUCCUCCACCCUCCCCAGGAACUCGGACCUGCGCUUCCAGUUCAGAGACUUGGCCCAUUCCAAGCGGCCGACCUCCACCGUCAGCCUGCUGGCCGACGGUGAGCCGAGUGGCGGCGGCCAUCAGCACGCCGUUCACACUGCCACCAUCCGCCGCAAGCCGUCCUCCAAGCCGGCGUACCGCCGUGGCACCAUCAGCGGCGGCGUGCCCAUCCCCAUCAGCACGCCGCAGGUCCCGCUGUGGGCAGGCGACGACGGCGUGUUUAGGGCGCCCCCCGCUGGUGGCUUGGGGCACAGCAUGCUGUGCACCUCCACCCAGAGCCUCGUCUCCCUGCCUUCCUCCUCCUCCUCUUCCUCGCCGUACUACCAGUUCGUUCCGGGUCACAUGCCCGUCCCCGCCGUGCCACCGCUGCCACCAGGGGGCGGCAGCAUCAGGCAGCAGCAGCAAAGGCUGCAGCUGCAGCAGCAACAGCUGCAGCAACAGAACCAGCAACAACAGUUUCAGCAACAAAAUCAACUGCAGCAACAUGCACAGCUGCAGCAACAGAGCCAACAGCUGCAACAAAAUCAGCUGCAGCAACCGCAGCAACACAACGAGAAACAUGCACAGCUGCAGCAACAGAGCCAACAGCUGCAACAAAAUCAGCUGCAGCAACACAACGAGAAACAUGCACAGCUGCAGCAACAGAGCCAACAGCUGCAGUUGCAGCUUCAAAACCUGCAUCUCCAUAAUCAGCAGCUGCAGCAUCAGCAGCAGUACAGCCCAGCUGCAGCAAUCCCACCGCCCGUCUCCAACCAGCAGGACGCUGCAGGCGCCGAUAUGCUGACGCUCAUCAGGAAGGUGAAGCUGAAAAGAACCCUGACCAACGACCGCUCGGCCCCCAUGCUGCCGCCGCCGCCACCGGGCCUCUGAGGCUGCAGCAGCAUCAUGCAGCAUCGUGCCGCGACGGCUCCUCUUCCUCUGACAGAGGUCCAUGUUCGCGUUCUGACCUGCAGCUCCGUUCAGACUCCCGUUUCCAUAGUUACUGCAAAACAAACCGUUCGGGUUGCGGAUCCCUUGUUGGGCCGGGUGCGUUUGAUUCGUUGCCUGCAGACUUCCAGGUGGGCGGGGCUUAACAAGCUCCUCUGUUUCAUGGUUGGUCCUGCUGUGACGUUUAGUUGGUACCGGACCGGGUCACAGGUCCGAUUCCCCCCCAGCUAAAACCAGACUGUUUCCAUGGAAA